AUGAUUGAAUGGAGUAGCAUAGCUAACUAUCAAGUGACCCACCACCAAAAGGUUGAACAUUUUCUCAUCUAAAAAAAAUCUAAAGUAGAACUGAACUACUUGUAGUAACAAACAGCAACAAGCAGUCCCCACCUACCUUCUAUAAUUAAAUAAAUACUCCCUAUCUCUCUUUUACAGAUCUUUAACUCUUCUUCUCCCUGUUCUUCUUCAUUAUCAUUCCCCAUACCCCACAAAAUCAAUGGAAACAAAAAACAUGAGAAGUGGUGGUGGUGGGCCUUGUGGUGCAUGCAAGUUUCUCAGAAGGAAGUGUGUGAAGGGUUGUAUAUUUGCACCUUAUUUUGACUCCGAACAAGGCAUGGCUCAUUUUGCUGCUGUCCAUAAGGUGUUUGGAGCUAGCAAUGCCUCCAAGUUAUUGCUCACCAUUCCACCCAACAAACGUCUAGAAACUGUUGUUACUCUUUGUUAUGAGGCUCUUGCUAGAGUUAGAGACCCUGUCUAUGGCUGUGUUGGUCACAUCUUUACCCUUCAGCAACAGGCUGUGACAUUGCAAGCAGAGUUAGCUUACGUUCAAGCCCGUAUUUCCACCCUGCAGCAACACCACCUCCCUAUGCCACCAACACAAACACCAUCACAGGCAGAAGCAUCAUCAGUGUGCAUCGAUCCUUCGAUUGAUAUAACAGACUUAUGUAACGUGUUGGAUCAACAACUAGACGACUCUAUGUGACCCAGAUCCACACAGUUAACUAACUGUAACACUUCGUCUCUAGACAUGAUGACUUAUCUAGCUAGAUCAUCAAUCAGUUAGCUAGGUUCAGGGAAGAAAAUUAUCAUGUAGUACUACUCUCUUUUUGUUUAUAUGUUAAAAACUUCCUCCCCCCCCUCUUUC